AUGACAGCCAUCUGUUUAACUUCCACAGCAGAUGCAGAGGACCUCCACCUCAGGAUGGUGCUUGUUGGGAGAACAGGAGUUGGGAAGAGUGCAUCAGGAAACACCAUCUUGGGAAGAAAAGCCUUUAAAUCUACAUCCUCUUUUGCUUCAGUGACGUCAGAGUGUCAGAAGGAAACAGGAGAGGUGGAAGGACAGACGCUGGCUGUCGUCGAUACUCCGGGCCUGUUUGACAUCACUGUGUCUGAAGAGGAGGUGAAGAAACAGUUUGUUAGAUGCAUCUCCUUUGUUGCUCCUGGUCCUCACGUGUUCCUGAUCGUCGUCCAGAUUGGCAGAUUCACCAAAGAAGAACAAGAAACAGUGAAAAUCCUUCAGGAGAUAUUUGGAAAAGAAGCAGCAGAUUAUACUAUGGUGCUGUUCACACAUGGAGAUGAUGUGGACAAUGAAGCUAACAUAGACACAUUAAUAAAUGGAAAUCAGCGUCUGCAUGGCUUCAUCACUCAGUGUGGUGGAGGAUAUCAUGUUUUUAAGAACAGAAGUGAGGAUGUCUCUCAGGUCAGGGAGCUGCUGGAGAAGAUCAACACCAUGGUUCAGAGCAACGGAGGAAAAUGUUACACCAAUGAGAUGCUGCAGGAGGCUGAGAGAGCCCUCAGAGAAGAGACUGAAUGA